AGGAACGUGUCUCUUUUUAAAACUAAGGGAAGUAACUGGCGUGGAGAUGUUUACGUAGAUAAACACCGUAACUUAAAUGGAUAAUUAAUAGGAAUAUAGGCUAAUACAAAUUGAUAUGGCUGAAAUGGAUGGUAAAAUGAUUGGACCUGGACCUUAUAGGGCGACGAAAUUGUGGAAUGAGACCAUCAGGCUCUUCCGUGGUGGAAUGCCAGUCAGACGUCACUGGGCUCAUUUCAGGAGUUAUGACCGCAGUUUUACAGGAACCGAGGCUGUCGACUUCCUCCACGAGCUGCUCAGACAAAACCAGAACUUCGGACCGGAGGUGACGCGCUACCAAACACUACAGUUACUCCGAAAGUUCCUCAAAAACCAUGUCAUCGAGGACGUCAAAGGACGAUUUGGUAAAGAGGAUUUUGAGGACAGUGGACAUUUAUACAGAUUUCCCCCACAAUCCCCUCUGAAGCCCGUUCCUGUGCGUCCUCCCAGAGAUCAGAGCUCAGUUCCCAGAAUCCCACGCUGGGAUGACUUUGAGGAGAUAUCCGUGCCGGAGAAGAUCCCAGUGAAGCCUCUUAUGAAUUCCGAGUCGUGGAACAAGAGGCACAGCAUCGCCAUUGGUGAGGUUCCUGAAUGCCGUUUAAUCCGGAGGAGAGAAUUAUCCCCGAAACACGUGGACCAGAUAUGGAAGUCAAUGACACUAACACAUUUACAGACUGUUUUGGGUCUCCAGACUCUGAAUGGGGUAUUAGAUGCCAAACUUCUGAGCCCCAAGCACAUCGUUCACAAUGUCUUUGGUGUUAAUAAGCAGGGGAUCGUGGUGCUGAAGAACAAAGCAGAGGACUUGCCUCACUGGGUGUUAUCUGCAAUGAAAUGCCUGGCAAACUGGCCCAAUGGGAAUGACAUCAGGCAGCCCAUGUAUCCAGGGUUCGAGAGAGACGUCUUCAGGACAGUAGCAGAACAUUUUCAGAGAUUGAGAGAGCCGCUUUUGACUUUCCAUCUGUAUGAAAUAUUUGUCAGUAUUUUGGGGCUUCUGCAGUCGGUUGCGGUUGAAGCGCUGCAGGUCUGCUGUCUCCUGCUGCCUCCAGCCAACCGUCGUAAACUGCAGCUGUUAAUGCGUCUGAUGGCUAAAGUCUGUGCCAACCCCUCACUCCCCGCUCUGAAUGACACCAUAGGAGCUCGUACCCUGAUGGUCCAGACCUUCUCCCGGUGCAUUCUGGGAUCUGCGGAUGAGGUGGACUUGGAUGAGCUGUUGGCCACCAAGCUGGUCAUGUUUAUGAUUGACAACCACGACAGUGUGCUGAAGGUGCCGUCCAACCUGCGCAAAUCUGUCGAGGAGCAUCUGUCUCACCUCAGAAGAGCUCAGAUAAAAUAUGCGGGUGCAGACACGGACACCACCAUGGCAUCUCCACCUCACUCAUUCUGCAGACAGAUCAGCAGCGAGGAGUUUGAGCAUCAGAGGGUCUCUGGAUCUCAAGGAGCCAUUGUGGCACUACUGGAGAACAUCUUACAAGACAAGAACAUGUCCAUUAAAGACAAGAAGAAGAAGCUGAAGCAGUUCCAGAGAUCUCAUCCUGACAUCUACCGCAGACGCUUUCCUACCACUGAAAGCGAGGCAGCGAUUUUCCCAGAGAGACCCCAGAGACUCAAACCUCAGCUGAUGUUCCUCACGCUGAAGAAACCCUUCCAGCCCUUCCAGAGGAGCUGGAGCUUUCGGGCUUGAGUCAGCGCUCAGAGCGGGGCGACUGUGUUAGGUAUUAUUAUCAAGGAGAGAUGUUACUGAAUCCUGAAUUGAAAUAACACUAAAUUCACCUCUUCAGUGAUCAGAUGGAUUAAAUAAAGUAUGAUGCUGUGCAUUGAAAUCCCUUUAAAAAGCUAGACACUACAGGCAAACAGAUGCACGGACCAGUUUUGAGAUUUUGGGCUAUUUUAUUAAUGUAUCUAUUUCCAUCUGUAGAUUUCAAUUACAGGACGUAUCUGUGAUGGCAUGGGUUUAGUCUGGGUGUUGUUGAUAGUAUUUUCUGAUUUAUGGAGUGAUAAAAUUAGAAAUCUAAAAUCCCUUCUAUAAAAACCUUUAACAUGUCAAAAAAUAGAAAAAAUUAACAAGAGUUUCUAUUUUGGAAGUUAUUCAAAUGAGUGCAUAUUUUUAUUAAAUAAUACUUCAUUUAGACAUAAUAUUUCAGAAAUGUAGUUAAGAAGCUUGGUUUUCAUGUAUUACGUUUAGUGUUAUAGUGUUAUAAUGUUAUAACCAGAAACGCACUCAGAGGGCCUCCGUAGUGCUUGUUGAUUUUAUUUGUUUGAUGUAAAUAAUCUGCAACAUUCACAAUCAGUUGCGUUCUAUUUUUAACGAGGUGUUAUUGGUUUAAUUUUACCUCCAGCUGCAGGUGUUGUCUAACAGAUGUAAAAUGAUGCUGUCAUUGAUAAUCAGUCAGAGGAAAUACGUGCCGGUCACCAGAAAAAACGAUGAACUGUAGGUAGAUGUCAGUGACAGCAAGCACUGGCGCACUACAGGCUACGCUAUAUUUCUGUCUGUCUUUUGUGUUUUUAUACUUCAGUGUUCUCUGUUUUCACUGGUUUGUAGCUUUGUAUGUGAUACUCUAGUCCAUGUCUCUUUGGUUCUUUUGGUUUGUUCUUUCUUUCUAUUUUAUUUGGUAUAAAAGUAGUCCUGUCUGAUCAUGUCACGUAGCACUAAAGAAAACCUUCACAUUUUAUCACUUGAAUAUUUAUAACUGAUUGUGAUCGAUUCUGUCAUGGUACUGUAAGUAUAUCAUUCAAAAGAUACUGUUUAAAUCUUCACUGAUGUUUGCUGUAAACUGGAUUCAGCUGGCAGCUUUUACAUGGUUGUAUGUGUUUUAAAAGUAACUGAUUUUAAUUUUAAUCCAAUGCUGGAUCAAAUUCAGUGUCCGUGUCAUUCAAAAGUAUCACUUUUUCAAAGUUGUGUCCCCAGUGUUUUGAUUUUGUACAAAUUCUGGAGUUAUUGUUACUGAUUUGGACGUCUACACUGUGAUCACAAAUAUGGAAUUGGAAAAAAAUAAAUGUAUAUUAUUACAUGA